UCCCCGGGACAGCCACGCCUGCAGCCUUGUCCCUGGGCCGCCUGGGUACUGGCCGUCAGACUGGCUGCUCCUGUACGUCUCGCAGCCGGGCUUCAAGGCGCGGUUUCAGGACUCGGUACUCCGGGUGCCUGUUUUUAGAGCCGUGGAACGUUUUUAAAUAGAAGUCCUGGAGUGCAUUUUCAUUUGUUAAAGAGAAAAAAAUGGCUACUCUUAAGAGUUUAGAAACCAGAGUGACCCUUACUUCAACCCCAAUCCGAGGAGCAGGAGAUGGAAUGGAAACUGAGGAACCACUUAAAUCAGUUGAAGUCACCUCUGGAGUGCAAUCCAUAAAGCAUCACGUUCUUCAGAAUCCACGGAUGAAAGUAGUUCCAUCAGAGAGCCCAGGAGUUCUUCAACUAGGAAAGAUUGUCACAGAAAAAGCUGUAGAAAUUGAAGCUGUGAGAAUAGUAGUUCCCAAAGCUGCUAUCACUCAUGAUAUCCCGAAUAAAACUGCAAAAGUUAAGUCUCUGGGACAUCAAAAAGGAGAACUCCUUAGUCAGUUAGAGACAGUCGUAGAACCUAGGAAUGAACUUGCAGAAGUAAAGAAUAUGUUAGAAAAGCUCAAGAACUCUGAAAAGAGGUUACUGCAGGACAAAGAAGGUCUUUCAAACCAGCUCCGGGUACAGACAGAGGUAAAUCGUGAGUUAAAAAAGUUGCUGGUAGCUUCUGUUGGGGAUGAUCUUCAGUAUCACUUUGAACGUCUAGCCCGUGAGAAAAAUCAGCUUAUUUUAGAAAAUGAAGCCCUAGGUCGAAACACAGCUCAGCUGUCUGAACAGCUAGAACGUAUGUCAAUACAGUGUGAUGUGUGGCGAAGCAAAUUCCUCGCAAGCAGGGUGAUGGCAGAUGAGUUAACCAACUCCAGAGCCAUUUUGCAGCGUCAAAACCGUGAGGCACAAAGUGCUAUCCAAGAUCUCCUGAGUGAACGGGAACAGUUCCGUCAGGAAAUGACAGCUACACAGAAAUUACUGGAGGAACUCUUAGUCUCCUUGCAGUGGGGAAGAGAACAAACUUACUCCCCUGGGGUGCACCCCUACAACACAGCAGAGCUAGCAUCAACAAAUCACAGUUUGGCAAAGGCGGUAAAUACUCAUCUUCUGGGAAAUGUUGACAUGAGCAGUCAAAAAAAGAUUCUAUCCUCAGUUGAAUUUUGCAGCACCCCUGCUGAGAAAAUGGCUGAAAAGGUUCUACACAUUUUGGAUCCAGUUACCUGUACAGAAAGCACUCCUGAUAAUCCAUUUGCUGAGUCUUCACCAACAACCUUACUUGCCACAAAGAAAAAUAUUGGAAGAUAUCAUCCCUAUACCAGAUAUGAAAAUAUAACUUUCAAUUGCUGCAAUCACUGCCAGGGAGACCUUAUUGCCCUUUAACAUUCAGUGUUGAAGGCGUGGUGCAGGCACUUGCUUAUUACCCAGCAGUUAUUAUCUGGGAGCUGGGUUUCUUCCAAUGCUAGAAGUACUAUCACUUACUACUUACAUUGUUCCCAAAGAUACUCCAUGCAUUGGAUUCCAGAUUACCCUUUCUUAAUAAAUAUCUCAGGGUAAGAAAAGAAUGAAACUGUGUAGAUAUAUUUGAAGUAGAAUAUACUUUCCAGACAACACAGUGCUAUUCCUAGAGGACAGUAAAAGAAAAAUAUUCGGUAGAUUUCUUUUAGGCCCUAAAUUAUUUUUUAAUUUAAUUAAUUUAUUUGAAAGGCAGAGAGAGGGAGACAGAGAGAUACAGAGACAGGGAAAGAAAAAGAGAAGCUUCCAUGCACUGAUUCACUCCCCAGAUUUCAACAAUGGCUGGGGCUGAGCCAGGGCUGAAACUGAGAGAUGAGAAUCCAAUCCAGGUCUCCCACACAGGUGGCAGCAACCCAAUUACUUGAGCCUUCACCACUGCCUCCUGUGGUCUACAUUAGCAGGACAUUGGAAUCAGGAGCUAGAGCUGAAACUCAAACCCAGGUACUCUGAUGUGGAACAUGAGUAUCUUAACGACAAGGCCAAAUGCCCUCUCCCAGGGCCUUAAGUUAUUAUGUAUCUUUUGGUUAUCUUAUAUGAGAAAGUUUAGCUUUGGUGCACAGAAACAAAGAUAGCAAAACUACAAUCAUGGGUCAAAUGUAGCCAUACCCAUUCAUGAGCUGUUCUCUAUGCCACUUUUAUACAUUGCCAGAGUUGAGCAGAUGCAGGAGGGCUUGUAUGGCCUGCAAACACUGAAAUAUUUACUAUCUGAUCCUUAAUAGAAAAAAAUUUUCUGAUCCCAAUUAUAAAGUAAUAAUAACAGAAUGAAUGGGAGAGGCUAUUUCUUUUCCUUUUAUGACAAUUUUUUGGGAACUACUAUAGGUGAAGGGAAUACUAUUUUACAAAUAAGUGCUGUAUAUUAGAAAAAUAAAAAUAUUUUGGAGCCAAAUUAACAAGUACUUCAACAAAACAUUUUUUUGUGUUGGUCUUACACAGGGGAUUUCAUAUUCUGAAUGCAUAUAAUCUGACAUUUGUAAAAUAAAUAGAUUCUUAACUUUUGACUCAUUUUGACAAAUACAACACAAAGGAAUAUCCAACUUUGUAUUUAUAAAACAUGGUGAAGCUAGAACCAUUUUAGACCAUUU